GAUCUGUGUGCAUGUGAACUCAGGACCGUCGGGGCACAACGAGGGCCGCCGUCCGCAAGGGUCUCUACAAGAUGGGUUUCCCAGAUUUCUCGGAACCAACCCGGCCCGGCCCAGCAUCACCACAGAGGCGGGGCCGGCCUGGAACCCCAGAACGGGGAAACUGGGGGUGAGAAAAGGGCGGACGGAGGAUUCGCUGGAGGGGUGCGGAGGCCGUGAGGGGCACGGAGAGCAGGACCCGGCCCUGGUCGGGCACCAUCCCCGGCCGGGCACCAUUCCCGGCCGGGCACCAUCCCCGGGCAGGGUCCGGCUGGGCCGCGGGGCAGCCAGGCCGCGUUGCCAUGGCGACGGCUCCGCCUCCUUCCCGGCGUGCCCCGCGUCCGCACGUGACUUCACACCCGGAAGUGUUGCCAUGGCGGCGGGCGCGCUCUGGGGGCUCGUGGCCGCGCUGGAGACGCACCGGGGCCGCGACCGGGCGGGCGAGGACGCGCUGGUGAGGGGGCUCUCGGUGCUCUGCAACGCGGCCAACCAGCUCUACUACCCCUGCGAGCACCUGGCGUGGGCCGCGGAUGUCGGCAUCGUCCGCGCCGCCUCCCAGAAGUGGUGGACGCGGAGCACGGCGCUGUGGGGCUGUGCCCUGCUCCUGGGCAUCCUGCGAUCCCUGAGGAUCUUGUUCCAGUUAAGAAGAAAAUUGAGUCAGCACAAGUGCAGCACUUCACCUCAGAGGCAGCAGCAGCUGAGAGCCCAGGUGAAGGCUGAGCUUCUGAGCAUCCUCAUGGACACAGCAGAUCUCUCCAACGCAAUCCACUGGCUGCCCCCAGGAUUCCUCUGGGCAGGAAGGUUCCCUCCAUGGUUAGUAGGACUCCUGGGGACCAUCUCCUCCCUGAUUGGAAUCUACCAGGCAUCAAGAGGAAAAAAUUCUGAAGCUGCUUAAGCCAAAACUGAGCUUCACAAGCCCAGUUUUCACAUGGUAAAAGUGCCUUUAGUGAGGCAGGGUUGGUGAUUUCCUGGGUUGAUGAUUGUCCUUCCAGAUAUCCCACAAUCAGGACUGGAAUCCAGAUUCCUGUUGCAGAGUGGAUUGUUUGCAGCUGUAAUUUUUAUCACUCUUAAUCAGAGAAAUAAUUCAGGUGAAUCCUCUGAAAAUCAAGGAUCUCCUACAAUGGGUAAAACUGAGGGGGAAAGAGUUGCUUCCAUCGGUCCCAAAAGACAAAUGCAACCUGCCAGUGCUUUCUGCCACUUAAAGGAGCACAGUGGCCACGGUUCUGUCACAGAGAACUGGUGAGGGAUGAAUCCUGGGAGCUCACACUCGGAGCCAGGAUGGGACCCCUGUCCUGGGAGUUCUGCAGGUGUUUGGGCUCAGACAGGAGCCAGCAGGGCUGUUGUUUGGUGCUGUUUGUGACCGUUUUGUUUCCUUAGAGGUGAGAGGGGCAGGAAAUUGCCGCUGGAAGCAGCGUGGACCUUCCUAGCCUGCCUUGCCCGUUUAAGGAGAAAUGUUGGAAGUGGAGACUUCCCCCAGAGCUGAGGCUCCGGCUGUGCCUUUGUGGAAUGCCACCGGGUGGAGCUCUUCCACCAGGCUCUGGCAGCCGCCGACCUUUUUUUUAUUUAAAAAAAAAAAAAGGCAGGAAAUUUAUUAAUCACCUUUCAAAGGAGCAAUCAAACCGAUGCCGAGGUGGGGUUUGCAGUUACAGUUCUGGGCGUUGCCAAUAAUAAACGACACAAAUGUUUCAAAGGUGGCCUUGAGUGAUCAUUCCUCCUGAUAACAGGGAGAAGUUCUUUAUCUUUGGUUCUGGAAAGCUCCAAAGCAUUAGUGCUGUGUGAGCUGCAGCUCCACAUGUGUCCCCAGCCUUCCUCCUGCUGCAGAAAUUCCCAGCCCCUGCCUGACUGCAUGGAAAUGCAUCCUUUGAAAAGAGUUCUGCUUGCUCUGCGUGUCCCUGCCCCCAGCACGGCACAUGCUGCACUUCCAGGAGCUUUGACCUUGCUUUGUGGGCUUGUUUUUGGCCUGGCAGGGGGAGCUGUGUCCUGCCUGUGUUCAAAGAGCAGUGAGGCCUGGAUACUCUUUAUCCUUUGCCCUGUCCUUGGUGUUUAUCUGGACCUUCACCCUGCAGUGUCCCUGAGCUGUGCUGGGGAAUUGCUGCCACACUGACAGGAUUUGGUGCAACUCAGGGCUUACAGAAGAGACUCUUGUUGAUUCUCUCCUUUCCUCAGCCCUGUGCCUGAGCAGGGGGAGCACCCAGGUCCUCUGGCUGUUGCCUGCUCCUGUCACCCACUGUGGUGGCUCCUGCUGCAGUUUAGUGGUUUUUAAUAAUAAAUCAGAUUUCUUUUGUGUUCUUAACCCCAUUGAA